UUCAUUCGCUUCUCUUCAUCAUGCUCUGGGCGAAAGAUCCAAAGUUUCAGCGACGUUGGAUCCUUGCUGAGAGCACUGAAGGAAUGCACUAGAACAGGAGAUAUUGAAGCUGGGAGACAGCAUCAUGAAGAUGCUGCAAAACGUGGAUUCAGUUCAAACAUUUUCGUGGCAACCACCUUGGUAGAUAUGUAUGCCAAAUGCGGGAGCAUGCCGGAUGCUCAGAAAGUCUUCGACCUCAUGCCCGUCCGCGAUGCUGUACCUUGGAACGCAUUGAUUCUCGGAUACUUCGAGAACGGGGAUAGUGCGCUGGCUCUGCGAAGCUUUUCGGCCAUGCAACGCAGCUCGAAUGCCGCCCCGAACGCUAGAACUUUCACAGCUGCUCUGAUGGCCUGCACCAAGCUCGCUGCAAGCGACGUGAGAAGCCGGGUCGAUGGCAAACUCGUAAGCCUCAAGUAUCUGGAAACAGGAAAGAUUAUACACUCUCAGGCCGUAGCAGUAGGGGUGGACUCACAACUUUACUUGGCAAGCACGCUGGUGGAUAUGUACGCCAAGUGUGGUAGCAUGGACGACUCGCGGAAAGUUUUCGAAAGGAUGCCGGUUCACAACGUCGUUUCCUGGACUUCACUGGUUCUCGGCUACGCAGAGAAUGACGAGCCCGGCGUGGCUUUGGGACUCUUCUUUCGGAUGCUCUCCUUGGGAUAUGAACCAGAUGCUCGAGCCUUCGUGGCUGCAUUGACGGCUUGUGCGAGUCUGGCAGAGAAAGAGCAAGGCAUGGAAACGGAUGGCAGGCUUUUGAAACUUGAAAGUCUCCAAAGAGGGAUGGAGCUGCAUUCUCUGGCUGUGAAGCUCAGCUGUUGGGAAAACAUCUUCGUAGCAAGCACGCUGGUGUCAGUCUACGCCAACUGCGGGAGCCUGGCGGAUGCUCGCAUGGUUUUUGACCGUGUGCCUCGUCACGAUGCGGUUCUAAGGACUGCAAUGGUUCUCGGGUAUGUAGAGAAUGACGAAAACAAGCUUGCUAUUGACCUGUUCUCGUGCAUGCAGACAGGCAAACGGUCGUCGAAUCCCGGGCUCUUCACGGCUGCACUUACGGCCUGUGCAAAUCUGGCAACAGCUGAAGCUGGGAAACAAGUCUCCGAGAGGCCUGUAAAACUCAGCUGCUUGGAAAGUGUGAUGUCUAUCCACUCACAAUCUGCAACAAGUGGAUACGACUCGGAAAUCUUCUUGGCAAACACACUGAUCGAUACUUACUCGAAGUGUGGGAGCAUGGUGGAUGCCCGUCGCGUUUUUGACAGCAUGGUACGUUAUGACAUUGUGUCCUGGACGGCGCUCAUACUUGGUUAUGCAGACAAUGGCGAGGAGUUCCUGGCAUUGGAAAACUUUUCGUGCUUAAGUUCUUCCGGCUGCUUUCCAGAUGCUCGGGCGUUUGUUGCUGUUCUCGGGGCAUGUGGAAGUGUUGUAGCAUUGGAAACAGGGAGGAGGAUCCAGGCGGAUAUCUACAGGCGAGGACUAGAAAGUUACGACGCUGUUGCGAAUGCUUUGGUGGAUUUUUAUGGUAAGUGUGGCUCCCUAUUGCUUGCGGAGCAUCUGUUUGACACCACAGCAAGUUCUGACAAGGAUUGCGUGCAGUGGAAUGCUUUGCUGGUUGGAUAUGGCUACCAAGGAAAUGCAGGCCGAGUGUUCGAUUUGUUUGAGAUAAUGCAACGUGAAGGCGUGCCAGCAAAUGGAAUCACUUUUCUUUCCCUCUUAAACGCAUGCAGUCACGCUGGUUUAGUAGACAAGGCCAAGUCUAUCUUCGAGGAGAUGCUGCCAAGAUACGGCGUAAGUCCAAAUUCUCAGCACUAUACGUGCCUGAUUGAUCUUCUGGGACGAUCUAACCAUCUAGAUUGUGCAGUGGAGACUUUGAAGAUAAUGCCAUUUGAAGCAGAUGCUGUUACGUGGACGGCUAUUCUUGCUGCGAGCAAGAAGUGGAAGAAUAUUCAGCUCGGAAGGCUGGCUUUUGAAACGCUGCUGACAUUCGAUGCAAGUGAUGGUGCUGCUUAUGCACUGAUGGGAAAUCUUUACGGGAGUUUAGGAAGGUGGGAGGAUAAAAAGGGGGUUCUAGCCAGAAUGAGAGAAUCAGGAGCUUGGAAAGAAGCAGGACAGAGUUGGUGGAAUGACAGGGAUGGUAAAGUUCACAGGUUCAUGGCUCACGAGAGCUCACAUCCGCAAAUUAAAGAGAUCAACGCAAAGCUGAAGAAGCUGCUAGGAGAGAUGAAGGAACACGGUUAUGUUACUGACGCCGGGAGUGCUGCACACAAGUUCUCGACCGAUGAAAAGAUGGAGAGCUCACUGUGUGGACACAGCGAGAGGCUCGCUAUCGGCUGUGCUUUGAUCAAUUCGCCCCCAGGCAGUCCUAUCCGGAUCGGCAAAAACUUAAGAGUCUGUGACGACUGUCACAAUGCCACUGCAAUUAUCUCAAGGAUCGAGAAGAGGACGAUCAUUUGUAGAGACGGGGGGCGUUUCCACACGUUCGAGGAUGGCAAGUGUUCCUGCGGUAACUUUUGGUGAUUCCAACUAGUUUUCAGCAGAAAAGGACACCGUUAUAGAUGUUCGAUAUGAGGACGUAUGCAGCAGCAUUUUCACCAUCCAACUUGAGAAGGAUUGGAAAGCGAGCUCGCCAACGGCUACGUUCUUCCAUUUCCAACAGGCACUCAGGACCGUCAUCCAAGUUGCUUGGUCGGCUCGCUCAGGGAUCUUUCCGAGAAGCUCAAUAACUUCAUCUAAGCGGUCUGCACGACCAAGAAGAUCGAUCAUGCAGCUGUAAUGCUGUGCCUCCACAGGUGCUCCAAAUUCGUUCAUCUGGAAGAACAUCUUUCCUUUGUUGACGAGGCCGGCGUGACUGCAAGCUGAGAGUACGAUUCUUCCCAGCCUAAAAGUCGACUAAUCUGCCGCUGGCUACCAAUGCAGCAACGAGCAUCUGGCGUGAACCUUCUGCGUCUAAUGAGCUCAAGACCUUUUUGGUAUUUGCCGCUAUCGACGUAUCCAAGCAGCAACCCAGUCCAGGAAGCCGCAUUUGGAGGCUCGAUGGUAUCGAGAACUUUUCGAGAUUCGUCCAGGCUUCCACACCUAGCAUACAUGUCCACCAGACUGUUGGCUACGAAGGCCUCAGUGUGGCAUCCGCUCGCAGAAAGCUGCGACAUAAGUCCGAGCAUUGGCGGAACCCAUCCUCGAAAACAGCUGCAAUGCGAGCUCCGCUUCUUCAUUCUCUACGUAGCCGAGGAUUAAAGAGUUCCAGAGAACAACGUCGUGAAAAGCCAUGCUGUGGAAGAUACGCGAGCAUUGAGCAGGUUUCCGCAGUUUGUGAACAUGUCAAGUACUCCAGUGGCCACGUACAUGCUGCGGAUGAGUCCCUGCUUGCCUGCUCUAGCGUGGAGCGGCAUUCCUCUCUCCAGGGACUUAAGUUUGACGCGCUCACACUUUGGGCCGAUUCUUGGCGAGCCAAGCUGGAGCAAGCCAACGAAAGCGGGAGCAUCCGGACAAGGAGCAAGAGCAGUCCAGGAGAGGAGAUUAUGGCUCUGUCCGAUACUGGAACGCAGCCACUGCUCUGUGCCUGCAAUUGGAUUCGGGUUCCUAUAUCAAGGAGCAACUUCAAACUUGAAGAGGACGAAGUUUGCGGGGCCAGGCCAUCAGCGCGGCGACGAAAGUUCGGGAGUCAGGAGACUGUUGCAUCGACCAGAAGAGAUCGACAGCGACAUGGCUGUCACCAUUCUGGACAUAUCCAACAAGCAGGGAGUUCCAAGAGACGAUAUCUUUGAAGUGGAUGCUGUCAAAAACACUGCGAGCUUGGGACAUGCUACCGCACUUGGCAUACAUGCUCAUUAUGCUGCUGAGACCACUUUCGACGGCAUGCAACUGGAGCUUACUGCCAGUUGCUAUGUCUCUGGAGCUGCCGCACGCCAGCAAGCCGCUUUGCUCCCGCGUUUUGCAUCCGAUCGCAGAGUAUCCUCGGCAACAAGGGUCCUGCGAGACGUACUUUGUGCAAAAGAAAAAAUCCAAGACGUUCCCAUCAGAAAACUAGGCGACUGCUUUCAGGUAAACUACCUGUCUUCAGUAUUAUUCACUGAAAAAAAUUUAAAGUACAAACUGCUAUAGGAACUUUAAACUGCUA